UUAAGAAUAAGAAGAAGAGUGAAGAGUUAAUAGAGAGAAGAAAUCAGAAAUAUAUUAUAUCUAUUCUCAUAAUCUUUGAGUAGUUUUUCUCUCAUUUUAUAACACGUUAUCAGCACGAAUUUGCUCAAAAUCCCAGAAUCCUUGUUCUUCUCAGAAGAAUCAAAUGUUAUCCAAGGUGGUGCUCGCGGACACUUUAAACGUGGACGCGGAAAUAACCGCAACAAAGGGCCGAACAGGGGCUAUAAAAAUCCAAAUGGAUCAUCUUCCAAAGGAAAAUGAAAAUUCAAACCACCACAGGCUAAAACUUAUGAAAAGCCAAAACCAAGUGGCUUCCACAAAAGGAAAAGGGAAAAAUGUGGAAGCUAAUUAUGCUGAUGAUAUCAAUCCAAUUUUGCCUAAAUUUGACGUGUUCGAUUUCUACAUGGAUGAUGCUGAAAUUGGUGAUGAAGUGACCUUUGGUGGAACUACUACUAUUUAAACAUUUUCAUUUACUCCGUUAUGGUGUGUUUACUUUUUAAAUAAAUGUUGGAAAUUUGU